UGACCCAGAUUAAAAAAAAAAAAGUUUGGAUGAUUUAUUAGAUGAUCUUGAUAAUGAGGUUACCCAAAACCUAUAACUAGCUAUAAGUUGCCCUUCAUUCAUUCAUUCAUCUUGGGAAUCUUGCAUUAGCAACUCUAAUGGCAUUCCUGAAGGUGAAGCAUCCCAAUCCACAAGCCACCAUUCUCAAUUCCUUAGUACAAAGCCUUUGAUUACUAUGCCUAAAACAUACUAUUCCUUUUAUUUCAAUCUUAACAUCAUAUAACCUCCAAUAUCCUAGCCAUGGGCUCGGCUAACCGCUUCUUCUUCUGGUCCUUGAUCAUUUCGGCUAACCUGGUGACGUCAAGCGCAUUCAUAGGCACGUAUGGAGUGAACUAUGGACGGAUAGCCGACAACAUUCCACACCCCGAAAGUGUGGUAACGUUAAUGAAGGCCGCUAAGAUAAUGAACACACGAAUCUUCGAUGCGGAUCAUGAAGUUCUUAAGGCUUUUAAAGGGUCAGGUAUUGAAAUAAUGGUUGGGCUCGGGAAUGAAUUCUUAAGAGAGAUAAGCGUGAAUGAAGAUCGGGCUAUGAAUUGGGUUAAAGAAAAUGUAGAGCCGUUCCUGCCCGGGACACGUAUUGUCGGUAUCGCGGUUGGAAACGAGAUAUUAGGGGGCGGUGAUCAAGAACUAUGGGAGGUGUUGCUUCCCGCCGUGAAAAAUGUUUAUAACGCCCUUGACCGGCUCCAGUUAGCUGGUAAAGUUCAAGUCUCGAGCCCACACUCGGCUGCAGUAUUUGCAACUUCUUACCCGCCGUCUGCUGGCGCGUUUAAGGAAUCGGUUAUGCCGUACAUGAAACCGUUGCUUGAAUUUUUUUCCCAAAUUAAAUCACCAUUUUAUAUAAACACUUACCCUUUCCUUGCUUACAUUAGUGAUCCUGAUCACAUUGAUCUUAACUAUGCUCUUUUUAAAAAGAAUCCCGGGAUCUACGAUCAAAAAACAAAUCUACAUUACGACAACAUGUUUGAGGCCCAAAUCGAUGCAUCCUACGCUGCCUUGGAGAAAGCUGGGUACGAGAACAUGGAGGUUAUAGUGUCGGAAACGGGCUGGGCCUCAUAUGGAGACCCGAACGAAGCAGCUGCAACGGUUAGCAAUGCCCGUACUUACAAUUACAACUUAAGAAAGCGGCUCCUUAAAAAGAAGGGCACCCCUUAUAGACCAAAACGCGUGGUCAAGGCUUACGUGUUUGCAAUGUUUAACGAAAACCUAAAGCCCGGCCCGACUUCCGAGAGGAAUUUCGGGCUGUUUAAAGCCGAUGGGAGUAUUUCUUAUAGUAUCGGGUUCACGGGCCUCGUACCUUCCUCAGCAAAAUCUUUCAUCACCAUGAAAGGCUUCGGUUCAAUACGAUUGAUGUUUUACACUAUAUCGGCCGCAGCUCUGGUGCUGAUAAUAUCGUUGUGACAACGGAAACAGACUCGGGUGUCGAAAGAAUCCUCUGAAUUAAACAGAUGUUAUUAGGGAUUUAGAAACAUUCAUGUACAAUAUGACAGUAUUUCUUGAAUACAAAUCUUCUGUUCAUU